CCGACUUGCUUUUAUUUUAUCAUAAAAAACUGCUGUACUCACCAGUCAGAGCUCUACAGUAAGUACUGUACAAUCAUGCGAUAUUCCGUUUGUACAGCUUCUGGGUUUUAUCACGUUUUUACAAAAGUGGCAAACCUUUCUUAGAGUUCCGAGAAUUUGUCAUCAGACGAAUUUUUUUUCCCGUGUGUAUAUGAUACGUUUUUAACUUUAACGUUCUAUUGCUGCUGCAGUCUCCUGUUAAAAGAAUUGUGCUACUUUUCAAUCCUUUGAUCACGUAUCUACGGAUAAUCUGUUUGCUGGUUAAUGUUUUUUUUAUUGAAUUAACUGUAAGUAAUUGUAUUGUUUGAAAAACUGUGGCUGUCCCCUUUUCCCGUGUUUCGAUGAUUCAAUCUCGAGGAGCGGACGGGAUUCAGCGCAGGGACUGCGGGAACUUCUGAUUUGUACAUUUGGCUGCGCGGAGAAGAAUGAUCAAACUGUUCUCGCUGAAAGAGCAGUCCAAGGGCCAGGAGGCGGCCGGGGGCGCCAAUAAGAACGCCAAAAAGACCACCGCGGCCCAGCUGCGCAUCACCAAAGACAUUAGCGAUCUGCAGUUGCCCAAGACACUAAAGGUGGAGUUCCCCGACAAGGACGAUCUGCAGAAUAUCCAGCUGACCAUCUGUCCGGACGAGGGAAUUUACCGCAACGGCAAGUUCACCUUUUCCAUCAAAAUCUCCAACGGCUACCCGCAUGAGCCGCCCAAGGUGAAGUGCUUGCCCAAGAUUUAUCACCCCAACAUCGAUUACGAGGGCAACGUUUGUCUGAACAUUCUGCGCGAAGACUGGAAGCCGGUGCUGACCAUCAGCGCUGUCGUCUAUGGCCUUCAGUAUCUACUCCUCGAACCCAACGCCGAUGACCCCCUGAACAAGGAGGCCGCCGAUCUCAUGGUGCGCAAUCCCGCCCAGUUCCACACCAACGUGGCGGAAUCCAUGAAGGGCAAGAGCGUUGCCGGCCACAAGUUCGACAAGGUGGUCAGCUGAACGGACAGGAUAGCGCAAAUGGAGACGUCCUAGCCGACGUCUCGCCUUCGUUUCCUGCGGCAGGCGCGCGACACCAUCCUCGAUGCCGUGAUUAGUUGUGAUGUUGCAUUGUUUCGCAGCGACACUCAUUCACUCUUCGUUUGAGCAUUUCAUCCUCUGUUGGCCAUUACUGUAACCCGUUAAUUGUCAUUUAAGUGAUCGCUACCGGGCUAGUCUCCAUUUCGUCUGUGUAGUGUGCAGGUGUCUACGUUUUUUCAUUGAAAGUCUAACCAACAACAUCUCCUACGAGCUCGCUUGCGUUGUUUAUUGGUUUUUCGAUGCAUUUUCUUUGCUUUUGAAUUCGCUUGUCAAUUAACAUAAGCCAAUUCAGCAAGCUAAACCACUUAUAUGGGUAAAGUGCACCUUCUAUCA